GUAUGCUGCAAGCUGAAGCUCCAAGUUCACCGGCAGAGAUCAAAAAGCAACUGAAAAGUGCUGUGCUUAUUUAACAAUCUAAACCAAAAUGGAAAACAUUGAAUCUCAUUUUCCGUGGCUUCUCUGAUAAAGUUAAUUAUUUUUUUGGGGGGCCAAAGCAGGCUAUGCCAGGAUGAUAUAAUUUGCUCUCCCAUCAGCACAGGUGUAAGAAAUGCUGUCUACCUGAGUGAGUGUGUUCAACAUAUGGGCAGCACUAUUUUGAAUUUGUUGUCCAGAGGACAAUCCAGUUGUUUCAGUUUGUGCCCUGGAAAUUCUAGAGAAAAUUAUGCUCACUUAUCUGUCUCAAAGAAAUUAACUAGUCCAUCUAUUAGUAGCUUUCACACAUUGCAUAGGAGCUGUUUUAGGCCAGGCUCAUCCAAGCAGAGUGGCAAUUGCCAGUCAUUUACAGUGAAAGGUUUAUUUAAUGCUAGAGGUCCUUUGAAGAGACACUUCAAUAUUUCACUGACAUAUCAAACUUUCAACUUGAGGUUUUCAUUGUCAAAACGAGAAACACACUCCAAAAUAAAGGGUAAUGUGGGAUCUAUAUCAUGGUUGCAAGAAUAUGCCUCAGCAGGCUUAAUUUUUGGUCCCUUGAUUUGUUUUUCAAGUUUUGAGUCAACACAUGCUGAAGCAGCUGCGGAGAAGAAGGAUGAAGAGGAUGAUUCUGAUUUAUCAUAUGUUAAAUUCUCGCAUGGGAAGAAAGUCUAUACUGAUUAUUCCAUUACUGGAAUACCAGGAGAUGGAAGGUGUAUGUUCCGCUCUGUGGCCCAUGGGGCUUGUUUACGAGCCAGAAAACCAGCCCCAAGUGAAAGUCUUCAGAGAGAAUUAGCUGAUGACUUGCGGACUAGAGUUGCUGAUGAGUUUAUCAAGAGGAGGCAAGAGACAGAAUGGUUUGUAGAAGGUGAUUUUAACACCUAUGUGGCACAUAUGAGGAAGCCACACAUAUGGGGGGGUGAACCUGAGUUGUUCAUGGCUUCACAUGUUCUCAAGAUGGCAAUCACUGUUUACAUGUAUGAACAGAAAGAUGGUGGCCUUAUAACUGUCGCCGAGUAUGGUCAAGAAUAUGGCAAUGACAAUCCAAUUCGAGUUCUGUAUCAUGGUUUUGGUCAUUAUGAUGCAUUACAGAUUCCUGGAAGUAAAGGUGGGAAAUCAAAACUCUAAUUAUUUUUUGAUUUGAAAGGAGAGUGCUAAUAUUUGUAUCAAGAAACAUACUGUGAAAAUAUUCAUAUACUGCCUAGGUAGAGGAAACUAUCAUUGUUAAUAUUCAUAUAUUGCCUAGGUAGAGGAGCUACCAUUUUAUGCUGCUUUAUAUUUUCACCCUGAAUGCAGAAGUGUCUGUUUAUUAUAUACAACGAUUUUAUUAUAAUCAUUUAUUGUAGUAAAAUUGAUAUGAGAUCCAC